UGGUGGACGGCGUCUGCUCGUGCAGGCCUUCAUUCUCAAUGAGAGCAAAGACAGAGGGAGACAUGAGAGUGAGAGGAGGGGAGUGGAGAGCAUGAACCUGCACAGGAACCACAACUGAGACGCCAAGCUGGGUCUUACCUGCACACCCUGGACCACUGAGUGAACCCGCUGACACAGAUCUGUAGCUUGUUUGGGGAUAAAGAGAGGAAGAAUCAUGGGACCUGGAACAUGGAGCCUAUUUAUUCUGCUUGGUUUGGCCCUCUGGAGCAACAGCCAAGCCCUCACCAAAAACCCCAUCCUCUCCCGGAUACGAAGGGCUCCAGAGGCCAGCGGAGAAAACAAAAAGUGCUCUUACACCUUCCUGGUCCCUGAACAGAAGAUCACAGGCCCCAUCUGUGCCGCCCGCGGUUACUCAACCGAUAAGGACAGAGUGACGCGCCUGGACGUGGCUGCAGUGCGCGACCUUCUGUCAAAGCAGCGUCGGGAGAUGGAGACUUUGAAGCUGGUGGUGGAUGUGGACGGCAACUUGGUAAAUGAGAUGAAGCUAUUGAGAAAAGAGAGCAGGAACAUGAACUCCAGGGUUACCCAACUCUACAUGCAGCUGCUGCAUGAGAUCAUCAGGAAGAGGGACAACUCACUGGAGCUGGCCCAGCUGGAGACACGCAUCCUUAAUGCCACCACUGAGUCACUACGUCUGGCCUCCAGGUACAGGGAACUGGAGGCCAAAUACGCAGCCCUGUCUGCAGUGGUGAACAACCAGUCAGUGCUGAUUGGAGCACUGGAAGAGCGUUGUAUGCAGGUGUACAGCCGCAGGCACGAGCACCCACCCAUGGGACCUCCGCUGGUGCAGGUGGUGCCUGAGAACAUUCCUGUCAAUGUGCCACGUUUCACCAAUGAGAUCCAGAGGGACCACACCCGAGGGUUUGCUCGGGAAAGAGGCUCUCGCUCUGGGCCAUCACCCACAAGUGGUACCCUGGAUGUCCAGAAACCCCCCGAGAGAAACUUCAGCGCUGAAGGCCCGUUCAGAGACUGUCUCGCCGCACAGGAAGCCGGCCACAGCACCAGCGGCAUGUACCUGAUCAGACCAGACGAAGCAGAGAGGCCAGUGCAGGCCUGGUGUGAACAGGAUAUAGACAAUGGGGGCUGGACUGUUAUCCAGAGCAGGAGAGACGGAUCAGUUAAUUUCUUCAGGAACUGGGAUAACUACAAGAGCGGCUUUGGCAACAUAGACGGGGAAUACUGGCUUGGUCUGGAAGGCAUCUACAAUUUAGGGAGGCAGGGAGACUAUAAGCUGCUGGUGGAGCUGGAGGACUGGAUGGGCAAAAAGGUCUACGCUCAGUACAGCAGCUUCCACCUGGAGCCAGAGAGCGAGGGCUUCCGCCUGCGGCUGGGCACCUACCAGGGCAACGCCGGGGACUCCCUCAGCAGCCACAAUGGCAAACAGUUCACCACUCUGGAUCGAGACAAGGAUGCCUUCUCAGGUAACUGUGCCCAUUUCCAUAAAGGAGGCUGGUGGUACAAUGCUUGUGGCCAAGCCAAUCUUAAUGGUGUCUGGUACACCGGAGGCGUCUACCGCAGCAAGUUCCAAGAUGGGAUCUUCUGGGCCGACUACGGCGGAGGCUUCUACUCCAUGAAAUCUGUCCGCAUGAUGAUCAGGCCCAUAGACUGAGGAGAUACUGUAAGCCAGGCUGGUCCCCGGGCAGCUAUGGAGGCCAGGUCACACUUGAACCUCAUUCUAAGUCUUGACUAUAUAUAUGUCAUCAGCAACUGGUUGAUCCAAGAUAAAAAAAAGACCCGCACCAAUGGAGAUUACCACCCAUCAGUAGUGACUUGAGUUGCCUCCUGUAACAGAAAUAGACUCUGUUUGAACAUUGUUCUCUUUAUAUAUAAUAGAUGCACACAUAGAGGGGUUUAGGGGACAUGACUAUUUAUAGUACGCCAUACAACUCCUUUAACCACCAAAUACACAUCAAGGUAAAGGGAAAUUAAAAUUGACUCCCAACAUUUUGCAGUUAAAUAAUGCAAGCUGACGAUCUGAUUUAGAAACCACAGUAUUUCCCUCGUUACUAGGUCAUCCCGAGUAGAGGAGGCGCCACAUCCUCACAAAACUUCAUUGGUAUUGAUUUCAUUCAUAAGCUUUAGUGUCACAGGAUCUAAAUGCAUCUCUUCCUACCUCGCCAAGAUAAACGUCUGGGGGAAACACUCAUACAUAGGAUUUAACUUGUGCUAUACUUGCUGGGAGCUGGAAAAUACAUUUUGUUAAUACCUAUAUAGAUUUAUUUAGACCCUGUAUUCACUUCCAGAUUUAAAAAGGCCAGGGAGCUGGAGCAAGGAAAAGUGGCUUAAAAACAUGUUUUAUGUACAUUUGAUUACACAGACACUGUACGGAUUUAUUUUUUCCUCCCUGCAGUUAAUAUGACCUGUGUGUUAAGCUAUGUUGUCCAAGUGCAGAUGACCGGAAACUGUAAAUUAUGUGUACAAUUAACUUAUCAUAACAGUGAAAAGGGCCGAGUUCCCGAGGGAACAGUGAAAGAUCCUACAGAAAAUAGAACUAAUUUCCACCACUGAACAUAUGACAACCAUUCUCAAAGUAUGCUUGCCGUUAUAUGUUCUUCUCAUUUGGCUGUUGAUUAAAUUUCAGUAUGACUCUGAGAAAAACAAGCAUUGUUUAGAGAAAAAAAAGAUGGAAUUACGUUUUGUUUUGAGUGGUUUUCGACCAUGAAAAAAUAUGUCGACCAAGCGUCUUGAGAGUUAUAGGCACUGGGACAGACAACGAGAAGCACAUUGCUGAAAGCCAGACAGGAUGGAGAAAGAAAA